AUGUUUAUAAGUUUGGAUUUGAAUCUCUUAAAAGUUGUUAGUGGAAGUAAUGGAAACUAUUUUGGUGAUCUCUUCAAGUGCAAUGAAGUGCUGUUAAAGUGCCAAGAAACUGAGUUAAAAAUGGGAAAAUUCAGCAAAUUAACAAAUGAGUUAAAUCGAAAUUGCAGUCUGGAAAUUGGCUUAAAGUGGAGCAAUAUCACACUCUGUGAAUUGGAGGCCACAAAGUGUUUGAUAAACCAAAUGAAUGGAAUGGCGUUAAGCUGUGAGAAUAUUGCCGACAUUAUGCAUCUGUGAAGUGCAAUUUACAAAUUACAUCAGUUAAAGUAAAUAAUAAUAUUUAAAAAAAAAAACCUGUUUUAAGGUUUUACUUUUCAUUUACAAUCACCCCUUUGUAUUGCCACCCUAACGUUCACUUUCAUUUGUAAUAUUUUCUUGGCCUUGAGGGCAUCUGAGGGCUGUCUUCUGUAUUUACCUUCUCAUAAAUCUCACCCUCGACAGGCGGAAAUAUUUAUGAGCUAAUCAUUUUUAAUUAUCAUUGAGGGACAACAAAGCUGAAUAAACUUUCACUUGAAAAUCUAAUCACAUGCUGGAAGACAGAGGACAGAAAUAAUUACACCAAGAGCCCCAGGCAAAAAAAAGCGAAAAACAAAAACUCUCAACUAAAAUAAAAAUAAAAAUAAAA